UCACCAAUCAAAUAACCCUCAAUCUGAAUGGGAAAAUGAGCAUUCCUUCAGAAAUCAAUCCAUCAAUUCAGAGGUUGACUGUUACUCAAAAAAUAAUUCUUUGUUAUUAAAUGAUAAUAUGAAUUUAAAAAACUUAUUGGAUGAAAGAUUAAAACCAGGAUUUGCUUUAAAAAGUAAUCAAAAGUAUGGAAAGAAGGGUGGUAAUAAGCUUAAUUUAAAUUUCAUUGAGCAAUUGAAAAGCAUGUUUUUGGCUGGUAAUAUAGAAAAAAGUAAAAAAUACUCUCCUGAUGAUAUGUUAAAAGAACUUCAAAGGCUUGUUGAAAAUAAUGAAUUAGAAGCUGAAAAUAUUCCUUCCCUUCAACAAAUUAAAUCAUGGAUAUCUCAAUUUAAUGAUGCUUUUUCAGCUGCCCACUUUUUGUGCUGUUGA